AUGGUAACCUUGCUGGAAGUGGCGCGCUUACCGGAAGAAGUCAACGUCCGAACGGCCAAGUACAAACCAGUAGACAAGAAGGUUAGGUCCGUAGCAGCACCGGUUCUUCCAGAGCUCCAGUUACCUAGCAAGCAAGCUAUACUUUCGAUGAAGCAGCGUUUGACAGAUGAGCGAUUGGCUCAGCUGCACGUGGACGAUGGAUCCAUGACGGAGGAGUAUUUCAAGAAAAAACUCAAAGAACUGGAUGGAGCCUUUGUGUCCGACAACAGCGAGAUGGGGUCGUUGAAGGAAGCAAUCGGGCUGCCCAUUCGAAUCCCCACAGUCCAACAUGCCCCUUGGAAUCAGGUUCAAUCCUGA